AUGGAAGGGGCCACUCCCACUCCCGCUCCCUCAAACACAAGGAUUGCUGUGGUCACCGGCGGGAGCAAAGGGAUCGGGCUGGAGGCGUGCAAGCAGCUGGCAGGCGGCGGCGCCAUCACCGUUGUUCUGACGGCCAGGGAUGAGGCGAGGGGGACGGCGGCGGUCGAGCAGAUCAAACGGCUGGGCCACGCAGAUGUCAUCUUUCAUCAGCUAGACAUCACGGAUGCUUCCAGCAUCGCUCGACUCGCAGAUUUCAUCAAGACCCGUUUCGCGAAGCUUGACAUCCUGGUGAAUAACGCCGCAACUGAUGGGAUUGAGCAUGUCAUUGAUCCAGUUUAUGGCUUAACGCCCGGUGAUGAAACGUUCAAUGGCAUGGAUGCGGGCCAGAGGAUCGAUUGGAUGUGGACCAGCUGCCGGCAGACGUACGAGACUGCGAAACAGGGCCUGCAGACAAACUACUACGGCACAAAGCGGGUGACGGAGGCUCUCCUGCCCCUGCUCCGAUCCUCAUCCGACGGAAGGAUCGUCAACGUCUCCUCCAACUUCGGAUUGCUAAGCGUAAGCAUCAUGCGUGGAUCACCACUGAAGCAGGAGCUGAACGACGUCGACAACCUGACCGAGGAGGGGCUGGACGAGCUGCUGGCCAUGUUCCUGAAGGACUUCGAGAGCGGCGGGGCGGAGGCGCGCGGGUGGCCGGCGGAGUUCUCGGCGUACAAGGUGGCCAAGGCCGCCAUGAACGCCUACUCGAGGAUCCUGGCCAAGAGGCACCCGGAGCUGCGCGUCAACUGCGCGCACCCCGGCUACGUGAAGACGGACAUCACCAGGAACUCCGGGAUCCUGACGCCAGAGGAGGGCGCGCGCAACAUCACGAGCGUUGCGCUGCUGCCGGAAGGCGGGCCCACCGGCAAGUACUUCUCCGAAGGCGAGGAGGCAUCCUUCGUGUGA